GAGGAGACAGUCUAUAAGAAAUCUUUUCUGUUGCAAGAGAGAUGGAAAGGGAUCCUGAUUGCAAUUAUUUUCAGGGUCUGUCUGUUCUGGGAAGGGGGGAGAGUUUCUGUUCUGCUGCUGCUCUAGGCCCCACAGAAUUGCUUUUGCAGCAACACCCACUCUGUAGGGGACUCAGGAUGGGUUAAGGCUGUGUUUGGGAUGCCAAGCAGAUUAGAAGCUUCAGCAAGAACCUGGGAGAGACCUGAGAGAGGGGGUGUCCUGGCAGCACACGUGACUGAUCAGCUCUGGUUUUCUUUCCAGCAGCAAUGGCUCCCACCUUCCCUCCUACACCUGGUCACUGCCAUGUCCUCUACAAAGGGGGGGGCGAAACCCGAGUGGGCUGGCACAGGGAGACCUACUGCCUGGUCGGUGGCUGCCGGUCCUUUGGGGACGCCCCUUUGGCCACCCCAGCAAAGGCGGAGGCAGAGAAGCCAGGCCCCAGAGGAGCACGUAAGAGGCAUCGACCUCUGGAAGAGUCUGAUGAAGACUUCAGUUGCUCCAGCCCCAAAAUUUGGCGACUGGAGCUUGGUGGCAAGAGGUGGAUGCCCUCCUGGCCAAGUCAGACAGGGAUUCCUUGGACUUCUUGACUUCGAGCCUCUGCCUCUCUCACCGGGAGAGGCCUUGAGUUCCUUACAUCCAUCCAUUUGUCCAGAUAUCCUCUGCUGAUCAUCCAUCCCCUGUGCUGGCCCUUUGCUGAGUGUGCAGUAAGGGGGUUGGGCAAGUCUUCAGUUGCCGAUCACACGUGCUGGCAUAAGUGCUCAGAAAGGUGAGCUGUGAGGGCACCAGGUGCCAGUAGAAUGGAAUUAGGGGGAACAAAGCUUGAAUCCCUGGGGAGCAGCCUUCAUGGGUCAAGCGCCUGUAAUUCAGGUCCCUCUAGCCUUCCCCCAGUUGGUGGAACUGCCUCAAGGACAAGGGACAGCAUGCAAA